CUGCUUCUGCCUUCCCCCGGGCCGAUGCGCGGGCCGCACGGGCGUGGCGAAGUGAAGAAGAGGCUCCUUCCUCUUCCUCGUCCUUCUCGACCAUGGGCGACUGCGGAGCCCCCGGGGACGUGAACUCCAACGUGCUGGUGGCCCGCAGCACCGGGGACGCGCAGCUGGACAAGGCGGUGUGGCAGUGGCUGAGCUGGGACAAGAAUCAGAAAACAAAGGAACAGAUUGAGAGCUUGUUGCAGGAUGGGAAGCACAAGGAGCUACGGGAUCGUCUGUGCUGCCGGCUGAGCUUCGGCACCGCCGGGCUCCGCUCGGCCAUGGGAGCAGGAUUCUGCUACAUCAACGACCUCACAGUGAUCCAGUCAACACAGGGGAUCUACAAGUAUCUUGAGAGGAAUUUUUCAGACUUUAAGCAGAGAGGCUUUGUUGUUGGAUAUGACACACGAGGUCAGGUCACCAGCAACUGCAGCAGUAAGAAGCUUGCAAAGCUCACUGCAGCAGUGCUGCUGGCCAAAGAUGUCCCUGUGUACUUCUUCUCUACCUAUGUCCCCACACCCUUUGUGCCCUAUGCUGUGCAGCAGCUCGGAGCUGUGGCUGGAGUGAUGAUCACAGCGUCCCACAACAGGAAGGAGGACAAUGGAUACAAGGUUUAUUGGGAAAAUGGAGCACAGAUCACUUCUCCUCAUGACAAAGAAAUUAUAAAAUGUAUAGAAGAGUGUGUUGAACCAUGGAAUGGCUCUUGGAAUGAAAAUCUAGUGGACACCAGUCCCCUUAGGCAGGAUCCUCUGAAGAAAAUAUGUGACUGCUACAUGGAGGACCUGAAAAAGAUCUGUUAUCAUAGGGAGCUAAAUGUGCAAACAAGUUUGAAGUUUGUUCACACCUCUUUCCAUGGAGUUGGACACGACUACGUGCAGUUGGCUUUCAAAGCCUUUGGCUUCCAGCCCCCCAUUCCAGUACCUGAGCAAAAAGAUCCAGACCCAGACUUCUCUACUGUCAAAUGCCCCAAUCCUGAAGAGGGAGAGUCUGUGCUGGAAUUGUCACUGAGGCUUGCAGAGAAAGAAAAUGCUAAAGUAGUAGUGGCCACUGAUCCAGAUGCAGAUAGACUGGCAGUGGCAGAACAGCAGGAAAAUGGCUGCUGGAAGGUGUUCACUGGCAACGAGCUGGCGGCUCUGUUCGGGUGGUGGAUGUUUUCCCGCUGGAAGGAGAACUGCUCCCAAGAUGCUGAUGUGAGGAAUGUUUACAUGUUGGCCACCACAGUCUCCUCAAAAAUUUUGAGAGCAAUUGCCCUUAAAGAGGGAUUUCACUUUGAGGAAACGCUCCCUGGUUUCAAAUGGAUUGGAAGCAGAGUAAAAAAUCUCCUGGAUAAUGGGAAAGAAGUCCUCUUUGCAUUCGAAGAGUCUAUUGGCUUUAUGUGUGGCACAUCAGUGUUGGAUAAAGAUGGUGUAAGUGCUGCUGUGGUCAUUGCUGAAAUGGCAACGUACCUGGAGGGCCAGAACCUCACACUGGCACAGAAACUUGUUGAGAUAUAUGAAAUGUAUGGAUAUCACAUAUCCAAGACUUCCUAUUUCUUGUGCUAUGACCCUCCUACGAUCAAAAGGAUAUUUGAGAGACUUCGGAGCUUCGAUGGCCCUCAGUCUUAUCCCAAAUGUUGUGGAAAUUACAAUAUAUUACAUGUAAGAGAUGUUACCACUGGCUAUGACAGCAGCCAGCCAAACAAGAAAUCGGUGCUGCCAGUGAGCAAAAGCAGUCAGAUGAUCACCUUCACGUUUCAGAACGGUUGUGUGGCCACCCUUCGGACCAGUGGGACAGAGCCCAAGAUCAAAUACUACGCUGAGAUGUGUGCCCUGCCUGAGCAGAGUGACAGGAGUGUGCUGGAAGAAGAACUUGAGAAGCUGAUCGAGGCUCUGAUUGAGAACUUCCUGGAGCCUGACAAGAACGGGCUGACCUGGCGCUCGGCGUAGGCCUGUCCCGCUGUCCCCAGGAGCCUCCACGUGGAACAAAGGGCCCAAGAACAGGAGCAGUUCAAAUGUCUGUGUGUCUCUGUGUGUUAAACAGCUGCAUUUCUGCUCUGUAAAGAAGCAGCAUUCUUUUGUCAGGCUUUUCACCAAAGUCUGGGCUAGAAAAGGGGGACGAAAUUGGAGAAAACAGUGGAAUUAAUUGCUAUCAUUUUCCAUCCUUUUGACCAAAAGGUUAAUUAACCCACACCAGUGCAAAUGAACUGCCCUGAUGUGUUUAAGGCAGGUGAUCUUAGCCACUGGAUCUUGUCUUAAAUUCACUCCAGGUACUUAAAAUACAUUUUCUUUGUGUGAAAAGCUUUGAAAGUCAGGUAGAAAUGAUCACUCCAGACUGACACAAAUCCUGCUGCUUCCUCUCAGCUCUGUGUGACCCUCAGAACAGGUCUGCGCUUCCAAAAACAUGGACGUAGAGCUCAGCAUUUCUUGUUUAGGCCAAUUGUUGACAUUUUUCAGCUGCUUAAUUAAUUCUUCUAUUGGUGAAGGUGUUCUUGGUGCAUUUUCUGUGUCUGUCUUAAAAAACUUGGCAGUGAAACAAUAGUGGCAACACCUGCAGUUCUGCUUUGGGGUUGGAGUUGUGUAGUGCCUUUCCAAGGCUUCCAAAGGAGCAGGAAUUGGUCAUUAGUUAAAUUGCCUAUUCUGACUAUCCCAGGCUUUGUAGCUCUUUUUUGUCCCACCUCCCUCAAGGGUCUUAAGGUUUUUUGGUUUUUCUGUGUUCAUUAAGUUUUUCUGUACUCAGUCAGUGACUUUUUGGUUUUUUCUGACCUGAAUUUAUAUUGUUUGUGUUUAAAAAAAAAAAAAGUGGAGGUGAGACACUGACAGAGUUACUAAGUCAUGAUUUUUUUUUUCAUGUCUUGUCAGCUAAUUUCUGUUUGAGUAGCACUCUGUAAAUACUGCUAUUCUUUCUCUCUUAGGGCAAAUAUUUAACGACUUCUCAUUAUCUGUUUUCUGAGUAGAAAGUGAUACAGCUAAUCACAUUUCCAAAAAAAAUAAGCCAAUGCACAGGUUCUCCUGCAGAGAUGUGGUACUUCAGAAGAUCAAAGCCACACUUUGGCACAGGAGAGCUGGUUCUGGGCAUCUCCCUGUUACCACUGACAGGAAGUAAAUAAAAAGUAGAUAAAACCCAGCACUGAAUUGCUGUGUUGAAGGUGAUGUGAGAAGAACCCAAGAUGCACUUGAGUUCAAGCUGUUGUUUGCCACUAUUGCUAACUCUCCAGGUUUGUCCUCCAUCUGAUUUUACCCUUCCAGCUGGAUGGCACAGGGUGGGUUUGUAUGUGCUGCCUCUCCAUGGCUUUAAAGAGCCCCUUGGUUUGGGUUUUUCCUGCACUAUAUCCAUGGAGAAGUAUUUUGAUGUAUAUGAAUGUACAUGUGCCACAGAAGGUCUGUGUUGCACAAAUUCUGACCUGUCACUAUUUAUUUAUUUUUUAUUUUAAGAGAAAGUAUCUCCAAAUUGUUCUGCCAUUGAGUGAAAUGUAUCUAAUGCCAAAAAACUGCCUUUUUUUUUUUGUUCUUUUAAUUGUACAUUUGAUUGAUGUGGGGGGAAAACAGGUAAAUCAGAGUAUGCUUAUGUUGUUGUAUAGUUCUGGGUAGGUCUGGAAGGUGUGAAGGCACUUCUGAUGCUGCUUUGCCUUCAGUUUUCCCAAAAAAGGUGCAGGUCUGCACCAAAUUUGCAGGAACUCUUUGCCAUUCCUGCCUUUGGCAGCAGCUUAAACCCUGAAGCAUUGAGGAUUUUGUUCUCCUGGUGGUACAGAAGAGAACAAGUGACUUGGGACAUAACUUUGAACAAAGGCUGUAAAAAGCAUAGUGUGUGUGUGUGUGCUGUGUUAUUGUAGCAGUUCUGUCUUGUGAGUGAUGUUUGUGCUCCUACAAAGAGCAGGAAUCUGCCAUUUCCCAGAGAUCUGCUUUGCAUCAGUAGCUAAGUGUUAUAAAUGAAGACAAUCUGGGUUUUUGAAUAAGCACUGUUAGAAGUUGGUAUAACUGUUCAUAGUCUGAAUAUCUUUAAUUAAAUGAAAAAGCCCAGAUGUGGGUGUUUUGUAUCUGGGAUUCUUCCCAUGGAUGGGUUUGGCAGUGUGUUGUAGCUGUUAGUGAUGCUUUUGGGAUGACAGCAACAGGCACAAUGUAUUGAAUGUACUUUAAGGGUAGAAUAACUAUUUGCUCUUUUGAAACUGCUGCUACUGUUGUUCUCCUACUGUAUUGGAACUGUUGGAUACAUUUAUACUGUUCCAUUUGUGGAACUCCUUUAUUUCCUUCUGAUCUCGCAUCCUUUACCUCUGUUACUGUGAAGGACUGGAAUUCUCUUGUUUCUCUGCCCUGUAACUUUGUUAUGCAUCUUGUUAGAGUUGAUCUGGCUCCUGCACAACCUUCUUUCAGUUGUUCAGCUGGUUUUUUUUUUUUGUUUUUUUUUCCUGCUUCUCAGAUAAGAACAAAGGCUUUUCUGACUUGAGUAGGGAGCAGGUCACAGAUCAAAGGACACCCUGGGUGUUGUUCAUGAGGUGCUUCCAGGUAAAAUACACCUUUAUAAAGGUUGGACAUUGACUUAAACUGCAAUCACAGGGCCAGUGAGUUGGGUUUAGUGUUUGAUAAAACCCAGAGGGCUUGGUUUUGCCUUUUCCCUUCUGAUGUGACAGGUUUAAUCUCUGUGGCAAAGCUGUGUUUCCCUGGGUCUGGGACAGGAGCUUUCCAAGUUUGGGAGACUUGCCAGGCAAGGCUCAGUGUCAGUGAGACACAGCUUGUAGCUGGAUUUCUUAUUCUAGUUGUGAAACACCGUCCAGUGCGUGGCUUAAAUAGUUUCAAGGGCUGCCCAUGUCUCUCCUGCAUCUCUAAAGGAUGAUUCCUGUCAAGGCAAGAGGGAAUCAUAAGCUCUGGCAUGAGAGAGAAGGAGGGAAUGUGUUUAACAGGGAAAGGUGGGCUGGAAACCUCCAGCACCAGGCUGGCUGUGGCCCAAAGGAGCGGAGUAGCCCCCACUUGGUGUUGGGGUGCUGAGCCAGGUCUGCUUCCCUUGCAUUCCCAGCAGGAUGUGACUCAGAGGAGCUGGGAUUCCCUUGGGCUGUGGGAGAACUGGGAUGUUGCCUGAGGAACUACUAAUUUCCCUCAGCUCUUUCUUCUAAGGAGGGGACAUGCACUUGUGUUGUCCACAGGGUAGGUGAAGAUGUGAAACCCUCUGUGGCUGAGGUCGAGGGGAGUUGCCCACACUCUGCCCGGGGCUCCCUUCCCUGCCCUCACUGGUCCAAAGCUGUUGCUGUCCCAGGUUGGUGGUUACCUGCAUGUUGACAUUCCUGGUGUUAUUCCCUGGUUUAUCUGUGCUCAGGUAGCACUUUGUGUGCCCUCUCUGCCAGGCUCCUGAAGGAUUAUGGAUUUCAGCUCCUGUUUUGUUAAAGACAGCGUGUUUGUGAAAUUCUGGGAGCAUUGAUGGAGAAGCCACAAGGUGGAGUGAGGCAGGUGGAAUGUGUGUGCUGCUUUAGGAAGCACUUGGAUGUUCCCUUUAAUUUUAAAACUCAUAUUGUUACUACUUUAUUUUGUCUUUUCCCCCACUUUUUGUUCUCUUGUCUCCCUGACGGAGAGGGGACUCUCUGCAUGGUGACACCUGGGUGGUUCCAGCCCAGCUUGAUCCCCAGAACAUUUGCCAGCCCCCUGUUCAAGAGUAACUCUGUUCAAGGUGAUUGAAGUAUCUGAAGUUGCAUUGUUUCCCUUGCCUGGAAUCUUGGGGAGUUCUGGAUCUGUGCUCCCGUUUACCCAGUGUCUGUUCUGUAAAACUUGGGCAUAUUACAAAAUAGAGUGAGAAUUUGCACUUUUCUGAAGAGUUUCUGUGUAUUGCUAUGUGGAUUUAGCUGAAUGAAGUGUUAAAAAUAAUAAAAUGUUCCCUUUGUAGUUGCAA